GCUUUUCCAGGUCUCCUCUUCCAGUGAACCGGAUGCUCCGUCAGUUACCUCCUCCGCGUCCUCCGGUGCUUCCCGGCUCCCUGGCAAGGCCGCAGGCAUCCACGCGGGGACGGUCAGGGGGCUCCCGGCGGCUGGCCUGGCAGGUGUAGGGCGCCGGUAGGAGCUGGGCGCACACGGUUACCGAGCGUGGAGGAGACACGGCCCUGCGGCGAUGGGUGCCAGGGGCGCUCCUUCACGCCGGAGGCAGGCGGGGCGGCGACCGCGGUAUCUGCCCACCGGGAGCUUUCCCUUUCUCCUCCUCCUGCUGCUUCUCUGCAUCCAGCUCGGUGGAGGACAGAAGAAAAAGGAGAAUCUUUUAGCUGAGAAAGUAGAACAGCUGAUGGAAUGGAGCUCCAGGCGCUCAAUCUUCCGAAUGAAUGGUGACAAAUUCCGAAAAUUUAUAAAGACACCACCUCGAAACUAUUCUAUGAUUGUUAUGUUCACUGCUCUUCAACCUCAGCGGCAGUGUUCUGUGUGCAGGCAAGCUAACGAAGAAUAUCAAAUACUGGCUAACUCGUGGCGCUAUUCCUCUGCUUUUUGUAACAAACUCUUCUUCAGUAUGGUGGACUACGAUGAGGGAACAGAUGUUUUUCAGCAGCUCAACAUGAACUCUGCUCCUACAUUUAUGCAUUUUCCUCCAAAAGGCAGACCCAAGAGAGCUGAUACUUUUGACCUUCAAAGAAUUGGAUUUGCAGCUGAGCAACUAGCAAAGUGGAUUGCUGACAGGACGGAUGUUCAUAUUCGUGUCUUCAGACCACCCAACUACUCUGGCACCAUUGCUUUGGCCUUGUUAGUGUCACUUGUGGGUGGUUUGCUGUAUUUAAGAAGGAACAACUUGGAGUUCAUCUAUAACAAGACUGGUUGGGCCAUGGUAUCUCUGUGUAUAGUCUUUGCUAUGACUUCUGGCCAGAUGUGGAAUCAUAUCCGUGGACCACCAUAUGCUCAUAAAAACCCGCACAAUGGACAGGUGAGCUACAUCCAUGGGAGCAGCCAGGCUCAAUUCGUGGCAGAGUCACACAUUAUUCUGCUACUAAACGCUGCUAUCACCAUGGGGAUGGUUCUUCUAAAUGAAGCGGCAACAUCCAAAGGCGAUGUUGGAAAAAGACGGAUCAUUUGUCUAGUGGGAUUAGGCCUGGUGGUCUUCUUCUUCAGUUUUCUACUUUCAAUAUUUCGUUCCAAGUACCACGGCUACCCUUACAGACAGAGGCACAUUUCCAAUCUCUUCUUCUCACACCCAUUAAAAAUAAAUGUACUAAAGGAAUGGAAGAAAUCUUUUUAAUUAAAUGAAGCCGAGUGGGAUUUGCAUAAAGUGAAUGUUUACCAUGAAGACAAAGUGUUCCUGACAUACUAGUUCAAAUUCUUGAGUUCAUUUCCUUGCUGAUUGUGAUAAUCCAGCUGUUUCUUGUACAGUUUUUUUAAACGUGAGUUUUCCUUGUAAACUUAAUUCAUAGACAUGGAUGGUUAAAUUUAAUAUGGAAAGAACAAAGGCAUCAUCGAAGUGUUUUUCAAGCACAUUAUAUUCACUGUAUGCAAUAGGUUGAAAUAAAUGACAAUGCAGUUAUGAAUUCAUGCUUUUAAACUGUUCACUCACUAGGAAAGAAAACCACAAUGUUAGUAAAGGAAAACUAUGAAAUGUAUCUUCAUUCUUGGGAUUGCACAGACAUAGAUGUAUGCAUGAAAAUGUCAUGUACUGAAAAAUUAUACUUUCUGCAGUUUCAGUAUAAAGGACAUGUAUGGUUACAAA